AGCGUUUGAUCGUUCCCACGAAGAUUUCCCAGAAGUUGCCUCUUCCUCCUCCUCCUCCUCCUCUUCCUCCUCCUCCUCCUCACCAUCUCGUACGCCUACCCCCCCCCGCCCGCGCCCGCGAUGGCGGCGGAGGCCACCCCGACGCCCGUGCCUCCCUCUGCGGACGCGACCACCCACCACCUCGCAGCGCCCGCGGAGGCGCCACCGCUGGCCUCCUCGGCGGCGGCCGAGGAAGGCCUCGGCCAUUGCCCUGCUGCCAGGCCCGCGGUCGCCGGCCUGCUCGGCCAGCAGGGCGGCCGGGGCCCGGGCAGGUUGGCCGCGCUGCUGGGCGGCGCCAUCGUGCUGGUGAUGGCGGCCGAGCUGUGGAUCGCGAGCCGGCCCGACGUGCCGUGGCUGAUCGACAGGCCUUUCUUUUUGACCGCCCUGGCGGUUCAGGCCGUCAUGCUGGCCGCGCUCGCGUUGCCGCCGGGGGCCUCUGCCCAGGCGGCCACCUGUCAGUCCGGAUUGCUCGACGCCUGUCACUGGGUGUUCGUCGUGAUGGUCUUCGGCGGCAGCGCGGUGCUGCGCGCGUUCGAGUCGUUGUUGUUGCUCUUUGCGAUUGCUGGCGCCACCCUGGCAAUCCGGGUGAGCAUGGGCGACGAGUGCAUCAUGACCGUCGUCGCCCAGCGCUCGUCGCUGCCCAACAUAUCUGGGAGGACCGUGACCUACGUGUUCCUGAGCCUGCUCAUGAUCACAGGCAUUCGGCUCGGCUUGCAGGCUGUCUUCGGGGCAGGCUUCCCCAUAGACCAGCUCAUCGCGGCCGCGGGCCAGAGCAAGGACCACCUCGGAAUUCGUGAGGAGCCUCCGCUGCAGCUUUUCCACGUUUGAGGAGCCCUGUCUGGCGCCAACGAAGCCCAGGUGCUCCUAUAGGUAGCCAGCACGCCCCCCGCGACACAGCCCCGCCCGCGAGGUGCCCCGCUUCGACAAAGAAAAUCCGGUCCGUGCGGACACCUUGGAUCGGCAACGGGCUCCGCGGCGCCGCCCUUGGCGCGUUCCGCGC